CCAUGUCCUCUGCAACCCUAACCCUCCCUUCCCUCCCCAUCUCCAAAACAACUCUCCGCCUCAAAGCUCGAAUGGCCCCUUCCAUGUUCGCCAACCACAAAAUCUUCAAACAAGUCGGAAUCGGCUUAGCUUCCUCCGCCAUUACCGCCAUGCUGACGUCCAAUGCUCUCGCCUUCGAUGUCCUCUUAGGCGGAAACGAUGGCUCCUUAGCCUUCAUUCCGAGCGAGUUCACGGUGGCUCCCGGGGAGAAAAUUGUGUUCAGAAACAACGCCGGGUUUCCUCACAAUGUGGUUUUUGACGAGGAUGAGAUUCCUGCAGGCGUUGAUGCUGCGGCCAUUUCUAUGAGCGAAGAAGAUCUGCUUAAUGCUCCUGGGGAGAUUUAUUCUGUUGCUCUGAAUGCUAAGGGUACUUACACUUUCUACUGUUCUCCACAUCAGGGAGCGGGGAUGGUGGGCAAGGUUACCGUUAAUUGAUUUUUGCUGUGAUGAUUCUGUGUCUUUUUUUAUGAUGUGUGCUCUGAACAAUUUCAGUAUAUUUUUAAGGUUUAUUGUGUUUGAAGGAGCAAUGGUAUGUGAACUUUAGUGGCAAAAUUAGAUUUUUAUA